AUGUUAUCAAGAUCAUUAGUCAAUUGUUUAAAUAGAUCAAUAGUUAGAUCAAACUUGUGUGGAUUCAGCAGAUCAUAUUCGACAGCAACUGCCGAACACGAAUCACAAGAUAUAGUAACAAGUUUCAAGUCAUCAAGCGAGAUCUUUGGUAGACCAUUCCCAAAUGCCGAUUCAGUUAGACCAUCAUCAAUAGAAGAUCUAGUCAUCGAAUAUGUAGAUCCAUUCAAAAGAGAAUCUGAAGCAGAGACUUAUUUUAGAUUUACUGAACCAAGAGAUGGAUAUACUGUAGAGAAAUUUUUAAAGAAAAUAGGUAGAGGUUGUGAUGCACAUGUAGAACACUUCCCAACAUGGGAGGAUUUGAUGAAUGCCAGCUCCAAUAAGAUGAAACACGUAAAUCAAAUACCAGUACAGAAUAGAAGAUGGAUUUUACAUUGGGUUGAACAAUGGAAACAAGGUAGAAAUCCAGUAUUAAUUUCGAAAUCUAAAUCAGUUGCUAAAAAGAAUUUAAAGAAAGGAACAUAA